AGAACUAGUCUGUAUGCGAAAUCAGGUGACAAAUAUCCUUAAACAAGCUUUAUUCUAUCUUAACCUAAUAGUGACUAAUGUAUAUGUAUAGAAAGUAAAAAAUGAUAACUAAAGAACCUGUGAAUUAAGAUAAAUUAAUAAUUUCAACUUAUUCAUGAAAUGUAUUAAUGAUAAAUAGAAGAUUGUAUAUAUAUAUUAACACCAGUUGUUUAUUAUGGAAAUUUUCAGUCACAAUCUUGCAGAUAUGCGAAUUAAAUAUAAAGAUAAAAAUGAAACAUUUACAGAAGAUCAGUUGAACAGUAAAGAGCCAUUUGGUCAGUUUAAGGCUUGGUUUGAAAUAGCUUGCAAUACACCAUCUAUUUUGGAACCAAAUGCUAUGCUUUUAGGCACAGCUACAAAAGACGGAAUCCCAUCUGUAAGGCCAGUGUUACUUAAAGGAUAUGGUUCUGAGGGUUUCAAGUUUUAUACCAAUUAUGAAAGUCGGAAAGGAAAAGAUCUGGAAGAAAAUCCAAAUGCUGCACUUACCUUCUUUUGGGAAUCAUUAAGGCGCACGAUUCGCAUUGAGGGCACUGUCGUGAAGACAUCGUCUGAGGAUUCGAAUACAUAUUUUCAGAGUAGGCCAUUUCCUAGUCAAAUUGGUGCAUGGGCUAGUAAGCAAAGUACACCAAUUGCUGGAAGAGAAAUUCUGAUGAUUCGAGAACGAGAAUAUUUGUCUCAAUUUUCAGAUAAAAAUGUUCCACGACCAAAUUAUUGGGGAGGUUAUACUCUUGUUCCUAAAGCUGUAGAAUUCUGGCAAGGACAAAGUGAUCGUUUACACGACAGAAUCCGGUUUAGACGUCCUGUAUCUGGAGAAAAAAUUGAUAAUAUUUUACUCCAUCAGGGAGAGAAUGGAUGGGUGUAUGAAAGAUUGUCUCCAUAACAAUUUAAUACAUAUUAAAAAGAAUAUAUAUAUAUAUAUAUAUUUAACAAAAAAAAUAUAUUAUAUGCAAAUAGUACAAAUUAUAAUAGAAGUAUUACUGCACAAAAUGGUGUAAUGUAUUAACGGUGUGAUAAUGCGAUUAUUUCUUUUUGUAGUCCUGAAAUAAAAAUUUAAUUGCAUAUUUCUUUAAA